ACCAAAAGUUCGCUUUGUGAAUAUCCUCGCAUGGUAUAAAAACUAUCCAUUUUCCUCGCCAUAGUUCCCACCAGAAUCAAAGAGACAAUCAGGUUGGGUUGAGCCAUGGCUUGGAUUACACGAUUCUUAGCUGCGGUGGCUUUCUUAGCCGUCGGAGUGAUUUUCUCGCCGGAGACCUUCGGGUCCAACGGCGACGGCUCGCUGAAGCUGUCGACCUACUUGAAGCUUGCUCAUCUCCUUAGCUUCUCCACGGCUUGGGGAGCGGCUCUCUGGGUCACCUUCAUUGGCGGCAUCAUCAUGUUCAAGAAUUUACCAAGACAUCAGUUUGGCAAUCUGCAAAGCAAGAUGUUUCCAGCCUAUUUCUCGAUGGUGGGGAUCUGUUGUUCCAUUUCUAUGGCGUCAUUUGGUUAUCUGCACCCAUGGAAGUCUUCAUCUACAGCUGAAAAGUACCAGCUUGGGUUUCUAGUCUCGGCCCUCGCCUUUAAUCUCACCAAUUUGCUCGUCUUUACACCUAUGACGAUUGAGAUGAUGAAGCAAAGGCACAAGGUGGAAAGAGAAGAGAACAUUGGAGAGGAAACUGGGUGGUCAAAGAAUAGGGAAGUUGCGAAGGUGAAUCCAAAGCUUGCAGCCAUGAACAAGAAGUUCGGAAUGAUUCAUGGCUUAUCUUCUCUUGCUAAUAUCAUGGCCUUUGGCAGUCUUGCAAUGCACUCAUGGUACUUAGCAGGUAAACUCAAUCUGUAAUUGGAAAUUCAUAACUCUGUUUUCAGGGAAGGUUUCUCUUGUGCCAUGAGCACACAUGUUUUCCCUCACAUAAGACUUUUCAAAUGGUCUGAAAUUUGUAAAAUAAACCAUAUGGUAAUCGAUUUGUCUCUCUAGUUUACUUUUAAAUCUAAAAUAAAUUCAUAAAGUCACAUCCUUUUACUCAGGGGAUGCAAAGAUUUUGCAUAAUUUAUUUCCUUGUAUCAUUUUCUAAACCAUCUGAAGUAGCAUAGUCUAGAUUUUGUUUGUAUUAUUUAUGCGUGUAAAUAACAUCGUCCUUCUGGC